GAAAAAAUAAACGAUCGACACACAUAAACACAGGAGUCUCUCACUCCAUUUUUGACUUUAAAAAUGGAUUCGCAUGUCGGCGAAGUCGAUAUUUUCCAACAAUGCAAGUAUAUUCAUGAGGUGGAACUCGUAAAUAUGAAGUUGCAAAUGCGAAUUCUGGAGACACACAUUGAGACAAAAGACCGACUUCUGAGAAAUUUAGAAGAUAUUAUAGACGAACAAGAGUCACGAAUUGCAAAUAUGGAAGAUUUUAUUCAAGGCCGUGCCACGUCAUACACAAAUCGGUCAAAUAUGCUGAAAGGAAUUUCAGUUCUUUCACUGGAUUUCGGAAAUCUUUCGGAAGAAAAUCUACGAUUGAAAAAUGCGCUGAGCCAAAUGCAAAAAGUGGCAAGAGUGAAUGAGUUAUUGGAAACUGAUGAAGAUUAUGAAAGUGAUAUGACAAGCAAUGAGGAUCGAUUUGCUUUGAGCCGUGAUUCUUCAUGUUCGGUUCCCAGAUCAGUGAGCCCCCAACCAACGGGUGACGUCAUAAAGCCAUAUCCUCAAAUGGUUCAAUCAAUGAGAGAAGAAGGGCAUUGGAAGAAACUUCAGAGAUGUGCAGAAGAGCUGAAAACUGAAAAAGAUGAAUUGAAGAGACUAGCAUUGGAUACAAAAGAUGCAUUCAAUGUAUGUAUGGCUGAAAUGAGAAUGAUGCUCACUUCAAAGACAACUGAUUUCUUCCGAGUUCUCAUUGAAAGAUACAAAGCAGAAAUGGAAAAACGAAAGCAAUUACACAAUCAAUUGGUUGAGUUGAAUGGUAACAUUCGUGUAUUCUACCGUAUCCGUCCACAACUUGCAUCAGAAACUGACAAUCAAAAACCAGUUGUCGUGAUAGAUGAAAUGGAUAACGGAGUUGUCCACGUGUCAAACACAACGGGAACUCGGAAAACUAGUGCUGGAGCUGACAAGGUUAUUCCAACUGAUUUCUCGCAAGAUCAGAUAUUUAAUGAAGUUUCUCCGAUUAUUACAUCUUGCAUUGAUGGUUAUAAUGUAUGCAUAUUUGCGUAUGGACACACCGGAAGUGGAAAAACAUACACUAUGGAUGGUCCCGUCACAAUGCCUGGAAUCAAUCAAAGAGCUAUUAUGCAAUUGUUCGAAACUGCGAAGGAGAGAACGGGCGAUAUAAAAUAUGAUAUUAAAGUUGCCAUGAUGGAGAUAUACAAUGAAAAAAUACGUGAUCUCUUGAACACUUCCAACACAAAUUUGGCAAUUCGUCAAACUGAAGAAGGGAGAAGCUCAAUUCCAGGACUUGAGGAAGUUUCAGUGAACUCUGCAGAAGAAGUCACGGAAACGCUUGCUAGAGGAAGAAAGAAUAAGGCUGUAGCUGCUACUGAAGCCAAUAUUGAAUCCAGUCGUUCUCAUGUUAUUGUUAGAGUUUUAGUAUCGGCCACAAAUCUUAUAACAAAAGCAACUACAGUUGGUCGUCUGAAUUUGGUAGAUCUUGCUGGAUCAGAGAGAGUUUCUCAAACGAAUGCAACCGGUCAACUGCUAAAAGAAGCUCAAGCUAUCAAUAAAUCUCUAUCUGAACUUGGAAAUGUUGUACUUGCUCUUCGCCAGAAUCAAAAACAUAUUCCAUUCAGAAAUUGUCAAUUGACAAGAAUUCUUGAAGAUAGCUUGAAUGGAGACAGUAAAACUCUGGUCAUUGUGCAUUUAUCACCAGAUGCAAAGAGUUUGAAUGAAUCUAUUAGCAGUGUUAAUUUUGCUGAAAAAAUCGGACAGGUAUUCACAAAAAGUGGAACGAUGAAAAGAGAACCAACACGUAGAAGUAUGACUGGAAUAAGCAGUGGUCAACGAAGAGAAAUCCCAGCAUCUCCAAGAAAAUGAACCUCAUAAAAUAUCAAAUAUUUCAUCUCUACUUCUCCAAUAAUCAUCUUGUCAAAUCCCUGAAAUACCCGCUUACUCUUUCCAUUCUAGUCCAUGAAAAAUUUCAAAAAUUCAAAAUGGGUUCCAACAAUUUUUUUUUUCUAAAACUGCUGACUGACCAAAAAACUUGAAAUACGGUUUACUUUUUCAAAUCUAAAUAUAUCCCCCAUUUUUAUUAUUUGCAAAUUUGUUUAUGUGUGAGCUUUGAAACAAUAAAAAUAUUCAUUUAAU